AUGGCGCACUCUAACCACAACCAUAUCAUUGCUGCACUACAAAAUGCUUAUCCGUUCGACGAUAAAUCUACCACCCUCCUGGACUUUGCCUGCGGAAAAGGUCUCAUUUCUCGUGGACUAGCUCCGUACUGCAAGAGAAUCGUUGCUGUUGAUCGUCUACAAACUUCGGUUGACUUCUUCGAGGAGAGAGUCCACAAUCAAGGUAUCCCUGAGGAUGAACUACACGUCGUUUGCGCCGAGCUUCAAGGCCACGACUCCGAAUUGGAUGGCGAGAAGUUCGAUGUUGUUGUUUGCUCUGCAGCAUACCACCAUCUGGAGUCGAUAGAAGCGACCACGGGCGUGCUGGCAUUCUUCCUCAAACCUGGUGGCUAUUUGCUCGUCGUGGAUUUCAUGACCAGUGAUAAGGCGAUUCCCGAAGACGUCCCUCAUAGGUUUGGCUUCUCGAAGGACCAGAUUUGCGCCGCUUUUGAGGGGGCUGGGUUGAUAGAAGUUGACUUCGAGCAGCUUUCAUCGGCCAGGUUUCAUGGCCAGACGGUGGAUUUGUUUCUCGCUCGAGGGAAGAAAAGCAGCUAG